AUGGAAUUGGAGCAAUUAGACGUCGUGAGUCGCUGCAUUGGGCAGACACUGACACCACAGGAGCGAUCAAUUCUUGAGAUAGGAAUGCUGAAGCGCAACGCGACAGAAAUAUUUCAGUCAAUACGUUUUUGGGGUCGUAUCUCCGGUGAGGCACAAGAUUAUCUCAUUUCUGUUGCUGUGAUGCCUGGUAAAAGUUAUCUUACAAAAAAGUUCUACUUUUGCACGAACUCAUCGCCGGAAUUGCAGCAAUUUCCUCACUUGAACAAGAACAAAAGCACUAAGGCAUCGAUGCUUACUUCACGAUUAAAAGGAGAUCCGACGUUACUACUCGACGACGAUGAAGAUGUUCGAGACGAAGAAGAAGGCGAAACACCAUUUUGUGAACUAGACCGACUCGCAUACAUUGUAAAUGAAAUUGAUCACGCUACGUCAAUUGUGCCUUUGGGGGCCUACAUUGUCUCCCCAAUGCGUCAAGUCAUCGCCAAUCCUUCAUUUCAUGGACUUACGUGGGACCAAUCAUUAUACCUUCACAAUUUCUUUCACUUUCGAUAUCCAGAUCUUCCGGAACGAGCGCAGAUCAUCGAGGACACAGAGGGUUUGGUGCGUGCAAGGGACUUCCUCGAUCCACUUUUCCAAGAUCUAGACGGCGCUUGGACCCUUUGCAAGGACAACACAGGGGUCUAUAUGACUUUGCUUAACUAUGUAUACCCUGGUUCGUUUACAUUUCAUCGUCCCUUGACUACACAUUACGGCAGUGUCUAUUUUGGCGAUGGACGAAAGAAUUUGGAUAUUGCAUUUAUGCUUUGA